AUGUCAACUGAAAGCCCCCCACCUCUGUUUGAGCGAAUGCUCGGAAUGUUGGAGCCGGCGCAGCUCCUGGCUUGGGCGAUGUCACACUACAUCCGCGUCUGCUCUGAAGCCGUCUUCCAAAAUGGGCAGCUAUUCGCGCCAAUUACUCAGACCCGCAGGCUGCGCGACGAAGCAUUCGGCAGAUUCUGGAUCGAGUUUACAUCACCCCGGCAAAUGUCCUCAGACCCAACCAACACAGAAAUCCCCGAACCAGUCGGUUCCUCAGCCCUAAUCCCCCCUCUCCUGCGCACAGCAACCGGGACCGUCCUCGACAUCGGACCAGGAACCGGCACGCAAAUGCCCCUACUAACCUCCCCGUCCAUAACCGCCCUCUACGGCGCAGAGCCCUGCAUCUCACUCCACAGCACACUCCGCGCAACCGCCGCCGCAGCCGGCAUCGCCUCAAAAUACCACAUCCUGCCCAGCGGCGUGGCAGCCAGUGACCUCCUCCCCGCGCUGCGGGCCACGAACACUGGCGUCGUGGACCAGUACGACGCGGAUCCGCGCGCAGGCAUCUUCGACACGAUCCUGUGCGUAAGGGUUUUGUGUUCUGUGCCGGAGAUGGAGCGUACGGUGAAAGAGCUUUAUGGGAUGUUGAAGCCGGGCGGUAGGCUGCUGGUUACGGAGCAUGUUGUUAAUCCGUGGAAGAGGGCGAAGGGGUCGCUUUUGGGGAGGAUUGUGCAGGGGGUUUAUCAGGUGCUUGGGUGGAGUUACUUUAUUGGGGAUUGUUGUUUGGAUAGGGAUACUGAGAGGGUUUUGAGGGGUGUUGCGGAUGUUGAUGGGGGGUGGGAGAGUGUUGAGUUGGAGUCGGCUUUUGAGUGGUCGGCUAUGCCGUAUAUUUCUGGGACGUUGGUUAAGAAGAUGGUUUAG